AUGGAGCGCGGUGAUGACGAUGCGUCAUGGCCCAUUCCACCAGAGGUGCCUGUACAGGCGGCACCUCCCGAGAUGUUCGCCCACAUGUUUGAAGAGAAGUUCACAGACUUGCGUCGGCGACAGCUGUCCCAGGUGAGUUUGUUGGCUGAGUCGCCAGCAGGACUGGCACCUGGCAACUUCUUGUCUGUGGCGGUGUUGUUGGCUGCUGUGUACUUGGGCUAUGUGCUGUGGAUCAUGUCGCAGAUGAGCCGUGUGGUGGGCGAUGCACCGCAGCGCCCGGCAGCCCCCUUUGAACUGGGCACCCGGGGCCUUGCAGAUAUCCAGUGGGGCAGCGCUGUAUUGGUCACCUUCGGCUAUUGCUUCUUGGUUUUUGUCUUCGUCCGCUGGAUGGAACGGAGGAGUCCAGUGCGGUCUGUGAUUAUUUUUGAGAUCAUGGCAGUGUACAACUCCACCCAAGUCUUGCUGAACGUCUACGAAGUCUGUGCCAUUUUCUACGACAUGGUGUCGUCGGACUUUCACUUGGACACAUUGCCGAAGAACAUCGCGGAGCCAUUGAUUUGGUUGCAAUACCACUGUAGGCAGAUGGAACUUCUGGAUACGUUUUUCUUGGUCUUGCGGAAGAAGUUCGACGAUGUCUCCUUCUUCCACAUGUACUACCGAGUUCUGAAUAUGUGGGGCUGGUUCUUCGGCUUCCACUAUGCGUGCGUGGGACCCACCUUGGUGCCGGCCUUGGUCACCUCGGUGGCUCAAGCCUUUCAGUAUAUGUCCUUUAGCCUGGCCUUGUUUGGAUUCCGGAAGCUGCCGGUCUUCCGCAAGGCGCCACUUGCGGAGCUGCAAAUCGCCUGUGCCGUGCUGUGCAUGCUAUCCAACCUGUUCAUGGCUGUAAGCGGGCGGCUGCCUUUGGGCUUGGCCAUGCUCCAUGCCUUUGUGUUUUUCAAUGGCGUGGUGCUCUACACGGAUUUUCACUUCAGAGAGAGCCAUCCCCUGCGAGAUAAGACGCCGGGAAAGCCCGGAGUGGAGCGGGUGACCUUCUCCUUUGAUUCUGCCGGAUGGCUCUACGUCUACCAGUUCGGGGUUGCCGCGUUUCUUCAAGAACACUUGAUGCCGCCCAAUGGUGAUGCAAAGGGUCGCGACCCAAGCCACUAUCCCAGUGGUUUGGGCUUCAGUGGGUCGAGUGCCGGGGCCUUAACCGCCUCAUUACUGGCCUCGGGGACUUCGGUGCCGGAUGUCUUCGAGCAUGUGUUGGCUCAGUACAAGGUGUGCCGACGGCAACCUUGGAAGAUGCCCAUUUGUGCCGAGGAGGCGCUUCGAAAGUAUCAGUUUCCGGGUGCUUUCAAGGUGAUCGCCGGGAGGCUACGCAUCCUGAUGACGCGCGCGCUGCUGAAGCCGCCAUUCUUUAUGGGUGAGGUGGUGGAUGAGUUUCCGGACAACGAAACAGCCAUCGAACUGCUGAUGGCCUCCUGUCACAUCCCCGGCAUCUGCGGUGUCUUCCCCAAAGUGGUGAAGGGCAAGCGCUACUAUGAUGGCAUGAUGUGGAGCUCGCUCUUCGUGCCAUGGCGCGGCGCCAAGGAGGAUCACAUCAUCAAAGUGUCUGGUAUUGGAGGAGUGAUGUCGGAUAUCCGACCUCCUUUGAUCCCACCCUGGUGGUGUAUCCUUCCUCCGCCAGUGCGAGUAUUGCGUGGCCUCUAUUGGCAAGGCUACCUGGAUGCCCUGCUGUGGUUCCGCACGCCUCCACGGCAGCUGGAAGCCUUCUGCGGACGUCGCGAGACCAGCUCAGCGCGCGAUGCCGGCGGCGAUGCCUGUGUCAGGCGCAGCAACAGCACCCAGCAACGGCAGCAGCGGAAGUGGCAGGUGGCUAAGGCUCUGCUGAAGCGUACGCCGCCCAAACUGGCCAAGGCCCUGGCGGUCAGUGACCCUUCCGGAGAAACCGUGCGCACCUUGCUGAAGGAUUUCUAUGACGCCAGGAGCUACACCAUGCACUUCUCGGCACUCUGCUGCUGUGCCCUGCUGCUUCCUCUGGGCGCCAUCACGCCGCAGAUUCGGAGCACUGUCUUGGGACUCACGCUGGUGGCAUCAGUGAUGUUUGCAUGGCACACAGGUGAGAAUAAACAAGUGGCCAAGUGA